GUCACGAACGAUUCUCUUACGAAGGAACAUUAAACAGACUUAUCAUGAAAGUGGCAGAUUUCUCUAAUACAGUAAAAGCUAUAACAAUCAGCAAACAAAUGUUAUGUCUGACAGGACUUUGGCCAUUGGAAAUACGUGACAGUUUAUUUAUAUCGUUUGUAAUUUAUGGCUAUACCUUCUUUUUAUUGGGACUAUUAGAUCUGUAUAAUUACAUUAACAAUUUGCGUUACGUUUUGGAUAACAUAAUGGAGAACAUUUUGAUAUUAAUGACGAUGACAAAAGUUUUAAUGUUACGAAUAAAGUAUCGUAUGUUGUCGCAAUUUCUUAUAGAAACCAAAGUGGAUUACAUAGCUGAUAAUUAUAAAAAUGACGAUGAGAGAUUGAUUUUUUUAAAAUAUAACAAUCUUUCAUAUAGAUACGUCACCGCUUUGUAUACUUUUUCGGUGUUCUUACUUCUUCUUUAUUAUUUUAAAUCUAUCAUACCGAAUAUAAUAUUGGUUAUGACAAAUUCUACAGCGGAAUAUAAAUUGCCAUAUAAAAUAAAGCCAUUGUUGAAGCCGUACGAUGCAAAAAGUUAUGCGUUUGGUUGUAUACACGAAUUUUUACGUGUAAUAUUGAUACUUUCUGGUUACGUCGGAACUGAUUGUUUGUUGGUCUGUAUUGGUUUUCAUUUAACCGGUCAAUUGGCCUUACUCAAGUUCAGAAUGAAGGAUGUUCCAAUUGAUACCGAUGAUUCUCGAUGGGGAAUACAAAAAAUGAUUCGACGACAUCAACAUUUGAUAAGAUUAGCGGAUAUAUUAGAGGAUAGUUGUAACAUCUUCAUUGGUCAAAAAUUAUUAGGGAUAAUGAUUCAAAUUUGUAUAUCCGGUUAUCAAAUGCUCACCAGUUUAGCUGUCGUCGAAGCAGCAGGUAUAUUAACAUUUAUUUCAUAUGAAUGUCUUUUGCUGAGUACAUUGUUCACUUAUUGUUACAUCGGUGAAUGUCUGAUACAGGAAAGUACGAGCAUCUGCGAAGCGCUCUAUUUUUGCGACUGGUACGAGCUAUCGAUAAUCGAUAUGAAAUCGAUUUGCAUUUGCAUGAUGCGCUCUAGGAAUCCAUUGCAAUUGACAGGAGCAAAAUUUAACGUUCUGUCUUUACGCACUUUUAUCGGCAUACUGAAUAAAUCAAUGGCAUACUUAUCAUUUUUACGGACGGCUCUAUAAGCGAAACUGUUUAAUAGUUAAUCGUGAAUAAUAAUUGUUGAAAUAUAUCUGCUAUUUCUGUACAAAUGUUAAAUAGAUAAUUUGUAACGAAUGCAUACAAUCACGUUAUUUAGAUUAAUAAACAUAAGGUUAACGUUAUUUCGGUAUUUAUCAAAAUAAUCAUUCUGUUUAUAAGUAAAAAAAAAAAAAAAGAAAAAAAAGAAAAAACAAAUACGUAACACACUUUUCACGAUGACACAAAUAACUUUAUCGAAAAUUAUAUUGAAAGUUUUAAUUCCAUCAUCUUCUAGAAUUUUUCACUCAAAACUUUAUUAUUCCAAUUUAUCAAAAAUUUCUCCUCCUUCUGAGAAAAGAAUUGUUUAGAUAAUUUAUGCAAUUUUUCGAGUACUCGAAAGUUUUUCCAUAUAGAAAAUAUUAUUAACAUCGAAAUAACGAAAUUUUUGAUCAAUUUGAUAUUACAAUUUUGUAUUAAUAAUUCGAUAAGAAAUCGCAAAAUUUUAUUCUAAU